AACCCUAAUCCUUUAUCCCCACUCAGCCGCCUCUCUCACACCCUCACCUCUCCCUCUCGAUUUUUUCUUAUCUCCCUCCGCCGGACCACUGACGCCGAACGCCAGCUCCCGCCGCCGUCGGUCUGUUCAGUGGUAAAGCAGGUAGCAAAGUUAUCUGUAGCGAUAAAAGAUGCCCAAGUCGAAGCGUGAUAGACCAGUUACUUUAUCGAAGACCAAGAAGAAAGGAAGAGAGCAUAAGAAAUCAAUGGUGGAUUUAAUUAGGCAGGCUGUGGAAAAUUACAACUCAAUUUAUGUUUUCACUGUUGAGAACAUGAGAAACCUCAAGUUCAAGGAACUCAGGGAGCAGCUAAAGUCAACUAGCAGAUUGUUUUUUGGAGCAAACAAAGUCAUGCAAGUUUCUCUUGGCCGAACUGUUUCUGAUGAAAUUCGACCGGGCCUUCACAAGAUUUCUAAGCUUCUGCAUGGAAAUACUGGACUUUGUUUCACGAACUUACCAAAAGAAGAGGUUGAGAGGUUAUUUAAUGAGUAUGAGGAUUAUGAUUAUGCAAGGACUGGAAGCACAGCCACAGAAAAGGUCGAGCUUAAGGAAGGUCCUCUAGAGCAGUUUAGCCAUGAGAUGGAGCCUUCUCUACGGAAGCUGGGGAUGCCCGUUCGUUUGAACAAGGGUGUUGUGGAGCUUGUAUCGGACUUUGUUGUUUGUGAAGAGGGCAAGGCUCUAUCACCAGAGUCAGCAGGCAUACUGCGUGCGUUGGGGAUAAGGAUGGCUAGUUUUCGCCUGAAUUUGGUGUGUAGAUGGAGCCCUGGGGACUUUCAACUUUACAUCGAGGGACUCGAUAAUUCCGACGUUGAAUCUGCCUAGAUCUCCUAAUUCAUUUCAUAGUUAUAAUAUGAUUUCUUUUUUCUUUUAAACGAUUGUAGAAAUUUUGCUCGAAUCCUCCAUUUUGUUGUCUUGGUUUAGUGAGGAUGAACGAAUGUAAUUAUGAGUUUGUAGAUUUACAUUUGUAUUGCUAUCCAAUGGUUAGACUCUGUGUUCUUCAAAGAUAAGAUAAUAUUCUCUUUCUUUUUUAGUUUCCGGGUAGGUUUGAACACUGCUUUUUGGUUGAAAUAUUGAGCUUGGCUUAUGUUGACUAAUAUAAGAUGGUAUUAUUGUAAAAA